AAAAAUAAAUAAAGUUACACUCUGGAAGAAACAAACGGUCUUUCUGAUUCAUCAACUUCAUGAGCACAGCACCAUCCGGAUGACCUUGAAAAGUGUGUGACCCUCACGGAUAUCUACCUGUCUCUAUCGGACCGUGACCCACGUGCCCGAGGGUGACUGCUCGCCAGGUGUCGCCAUGUCGCUCGCCCAGUUCCCGGCCUUCCCCCCGGCCCCCAACCUGCCCCGGAGCCCGCCCCCCACCAGCCAGUCGCAGAUAUCUAGCUCUACACCUACAGGAGGUCACCGUGCCUGUUGCGAGAACGGAAGGCCCAUACUCACAGACCCCCACACGGGCCAGACCGUCUGCUCUUGCCAGUACCCCCCGGGCCUGGUCAGCUACCCCCGGGCUGGGAUCCCCCCGGGGUUGGAGAGUGUGUACAGCGCGUCCGCCUACGCCGCGGCGGUGUCGCAAGGUUAUGUGGCACUGGGGGCGGAGGGGUCGGCUUUCUACACACCUCUUGGCACCUCGCCUUACGACCUGAAAGAAAGCGCCGAGGCAUGGAGGCAGCUUGCGGCGUCCCAGCCCGGGUUCCCGUACGACCCGAUGGCCAUGUACCCGUAUGGACCAGGCAAAAACGCAACACGGGAAAACACAAAUACUCUCAAAGCCUGGCUGUAUGAGCAUCGGAAAAACCCGUACCCCACCAAGGGGGAGAAAAUCAUGUUGGCCAUCAUCACCAAGAUGACCUUGACACAGGUGUCCACGUGGUUCGCCAAUGCCAGACGACGGUUGAAGAAGGAGAACAAGAUGACCUGGUCGCCCAGGAACCGUAGUGAGGACGGCAGCGACGACGUCGAUAAUAACGACGACGACGACGACUGCGUUGAUAGCAGGCGCCGUGACGUCAUGUCACCGACACAGGAGCUUGAUAUUACGUCAUCGAAACCUUCCUCGCCCCUAGUUUCACCUGGUGCCGACCACGCUUCUGAAAACAACAACCGGCCCUAUAAGGAAAGGAUCAUUCGAGUCGAUGACGACGACAUCAGCGAUGACGACGAAGACGAUGAUGUUUCCAGAGACAGUUUCCACAGUCGGCGUCUGCUGUCGGAUGUCUCGGAGAGGGAGAGGCACCUGGCCUCCAGGGACAGAUCCCCUCUCCGGGGGUCGUCUUCCGUCGAGCCACGGGACGAGGAGCCCGACCCACGCUCUAAGAACACCGACGAACAAUCCCAUCGUAGAUCUCCGUCAUUACUCGGAGAUGCUCGUCACAGCGGGGUGACCGCGAGUUUGGUGUCGAAACAGCCCCAUUCUAGUCAAUCAACAACCGACGCCAGCUCGCACAGUCCGAGCCGGGGCGCCGUCAGCGAGACGCCCCCAACGACGCGGCCCAAAAUUUGGUCCAUAUCUGACUUCAUCAACACAACUUCCUCGUCGUCUUCAUCCACAUCGACAACAUCAACAGCGUCUUCGCCCAGCCACAUCACAUCAUCGUCGCUGCCCUCGCCUUCAGCAUUGAGCAGGUCGACCUUCAUUUCGUCCACACUUCCCGCGGCAUCGCCCCAAAGACCUCACCCCGGGCAGGGAUUUUUAUUCUUACCCCCGGGGGCCGCGGCCCACUGGCCCGCUGCCGCCAGGUUCGCCGGACUCGGCGGGCCGUUCCCGCUCUCCUUCACACACACGACAUUAUCCUACCCCUACAACCUAACCUCCCCCAACGUAGCACGAGCCGGGCUUGAAGCCCAUGUACAUGCUGCGCAAAUGGCUGCGCGCGCAGCGGCGGAAAGUGGGUCAAGCCGCGAUGUAUCUCAUCCUGUAGACAAAAUGGCCCUCCAUUUUCCUCGUCUACCUACUAGUUCAAUUUUCUCACCUGCUCGUGAUAUUGAUGGCGUGAGACAACAAGGUAUGUAAUCACAGAUUAUCCUAAUCCUAAACGAACCACACGAACAAUUUGAACAAUGUGUACUCAAGCGAAACGCCAUAAGAAUACACAAAAAAUGAACAUUGACAUGUAAUAAUUUGUAUAAUUUUACGAAAUGGAUACUUUUUUGAAAUCGACGUUUUAAUAUAAUAAAUAUUAUUGACUUUCACUAGCAAAUUUUGAUUCGUUUUAUUAUAUUUCAUGCUAUGUAAAUCCAUGUAUUUGAUGAUGCAAUAUUUUUUUCCA